AUGAACACGCCGCAAUCACUUCGUUCUCAACGCGCCAACACACAGGAGACGUUAUCACCAAUAUCGUCUUCUAGUCUAGGUUAUUCAAAGGAGAAAGCUUUGUUGUUACCAAGAAAUGUUGUAAACGCUGUUGAGUUUGUGGGAGAUGUAAUUGAGGCUAGCUCCGAUGUACAUAGUCCUAUUAAGGACAAAAGUGAGUCCAAGAAGAAAGAACGAGAGAGUAUAUUAAAAUCAGCAAAUCUUGUUCCAGAGUUGCUCAAUCAGGGGAAGUUGGGUAACAACCCUUUUGAUGAUUCCGAAAGCAGCGAUGACGAAAUACAGGAUGCAUCAUUGUCCUUAUCAAAACAAAUAUCAAUUUAUUCCAAACUCCCUCCUCCAAAUGUGCAGUCACUGCCUUUUAACUUUCUUUCGGGCACAACUGAAGACAGCGUAAUUUCCAACGUUCAGACUAACGAUGACUUUGAGUCUUUGAAAAUAAGGGUCAACGAUUACGUAGACAAUUUGAUUAAUCUGGUGGACGAUUUAUUUGCAAAGAACCCCAACGAAUUUAUUUCUUACUCGGCAUCUAAGAAACAAGAUCAUGUCAAAGGGCAACCAACCACGAUCCAGUAUCUAAAAGCGAUUGAAAAGGCGAACGACAUAAUUGAAGAAGUUGAAAGAAGUAGAAGAGAAACGCUGAUGAGAACAAAGCUAAACAAAACGCACUAUGGAGAGUAG